CGUUGUGACUUGGAAAUUAGAAGCACGUUGCCUAAAAUUGAGGUCUCUCUCUCUUUCGCUCGUUCUCACUCACUCGCACACGCGCGCGCGCACACAGUCACGCCGAGUCGCCAUGAGCUGGAUGUGCGUUGAGGAGACGCUGCGCGGGGCCGAGGCGCCUCUCUUCUGGGUCGGCGCGCUCACCGUGGCCUCGCUGUCGCUGUGGCUGCUCUACAGGCUGCUCUCCGGCUUCAGGAUCUGGGUCCUGGGCAACGGCCAGCUGCUCUCCCCGAAGCUGCAGGGCAAGUGGGCAGUUGUGACGGGAGCCACGGAUGGAAUCGGGAAAUCCUAUGCGGAGGAGCUGGCUCGUCGAGGCUUCGCCGUGAUGUUGAUCAGUCGCUCCCAGGACAAGCUGGAGGACGUGGCCAGGUCGCUUGAGGACCAGUACAAAGUGGAGACCAAGACCAUCGCCGUCGACUUUGGCCGGUCGGACAUCUACGACAAGAUCGAGGCGGGCCUGACGGGUCUGGAGAUUGGAGUUCUUGUCAACAAUGUGGGCGUGUCCUACCCCUACCCCGAGUACUACCUCCAAAUCCCCCAACUUGACGACUUCAUCACAAACAUGAUCAACGUCAACGUCACCUCGGUGUGCCAGAUGACCCGUCUGGUGCUGCCCGGGAUGGUUGAGAGGUCCAAAGGCGUGGUCCUGAACAUCUCCUCCGCCAGCGGCAUGUACCCCCUCCCUCUGCUCACCGUCUACUCCUCCACAAAGGCCUUUGUGGAUUUCUUCUCCCGUGGCCUUCAUGAGGAGUACAGGCGCCAGGGCAUCAUCAUUCAGAGCGUGUUGCCCUUCUUCGUGGCCACUAAGAUGACCCGGAUCAGGAAGCCCACCCUGGACAAGCCCACCCCGGAGCGCUAUGUGGCAGCCGAGCUCUCCACCGUGGGUCUGCAGGGCCAGACCAAUGGCUACUUCCCCCACGCCGUCAUGGGCUGGCUGACCACCAAGCUGGUGCCGUGCAACCUCGUCAUCCUCUACGGCGGCCGGAUGAACCGCCUGCAGCGCAGCGGCUACCUGCGCAGGAAGAAGCUGCGGGAGCAGGCCAACGGAGACAAGCUGACGGCGCAGGCCAACGGAGACAAGCUGACGGAGCAGGCCAACGGAGACAAGCUGACGGAGCAGGCCAACGGAGACGGCCUGAAGAACAGAGACAAGCUGACGGAGCAGGCCAACGGAGACAAGCUGACGGAGCAGGCCAACGGAGACGGCCUGAAGAACAGAGACAAGCUGACGGAGCAGGCCAACGGAGACGGCCUGAAGAACAGAGACAAGCUGACGGAGCAGGCCAACGGAGACGGCCUGAAGAACAGAGACAGUCUGAAGAACGACUAGGACGGAGGCCGACCCCUCUGCUCGCACCCGGCGUUUAGGGGAAGCAGAGAGAGAGAGUGUGUGUGUGUGUGUGUGUGGAUGACCCGCCUGGGUUUACCUGAGAGCUCGUGCCUUCACUUAGUUUGCCCUGAUGAUAUUUGUUGUCUGUAGAGAAAUGGCCAAAGAAGGAAUGGGGCUGAAUGAAAAUGCAACGCUGCUCAUGACGAAGGACGAUAAUACAUUUAGUCACUGAUGGUGGACACAACAACAACAACAACAACAACACAACCGGUGACUCGUUAACCCUGCUGUUGUAAGCAGUGGUACAUGGUGGUGGGCAUCUUUUAUAUAUUUGUGUAAUUUAUUUUAUAUUUAGUAUGAACAGACAAGCUAAACAUUUUUAUUUUUUUUCUUAUUUUUUGAAGACGACCUAGUCCUGUUUACAAAGCCACGGGCGAUUUAUUGACGGCAAUGUUUGCUUCCCAUCGCGUCUUGUUUACUUUAAUUACCGAACUGCCAUCGUCAUGCAUUGGCUCUUUCUUCCCUUUUUUGUUUCCUUUUUUUUAUCAUAUAUAUAUUCUUGUGUGUUCACGGAAUACUUAAAAUGAUACGUAGUGGUGGGUUGUGGUUGCACCAAUGUUUUACUUGUUUGAAACUGAAGUUUUUUUUUUUUUUUUUCUUAGUUCUCAUUAUCUAACUGCUAUUCCUCACGAGGGUCUUUUUCUUUUCUUCUACUGAGAAUGACUGUAGGAAAUGCAUCGGACAAACAAGCGGUUGUCUAGUUCAGAAUGUAUUCUGCAAAGAUGUAAUUCAGCUGUUGCUCCAUUUUGUGCCUCUUUUUUAUCAAAAUGUAAACCUAAGCAGACAAAGGAAAACCUCUAAACUGCUGCACGUGACAUGCAGUCGUUCCUCCAAAAGGAUUUCACAGGGAUGGAGAAUAUCUCCUGUCGUUGGCGUGUAAAGUGAAACGCUCGUUACCGACUAACUGCUCCAUCCACACAAUAGGUGCGCAAUUGAAGAACCUGUAUGACUUGGUCUGUCCUGUGCCUUUAACCAAGUGGUCUUGUGAAUUCUUCUUUUUUGUAAUGUGCCUUUUUAAUAAAUAAAUACGUUUGGAAAUUGAAAUAAUUAAAUUUGGAAUUUCUACGUGUCAAAUACACCAUUUAGGUAGCUGGCAAUUCGUGUUUUCUACUGUUAAUAAAAGUUCUGGCAUACGA